AUGCCAGCUGCUUAUUCCUCCUGCGAGGAAGCCAACACGAUCCUCCAACUCCUUACCGGACUAUAUUCCCACGACACAGACUCCCUACCAGCAGAAAUCGUAGGAGCAAGACAACAUGUCUGUUUCCAGUCACAGAGGGACUUCCCCUACUUCCCAAUCCCCUUCAAGGAGACUGAGACAGCAUCGGCGCUUAAGGCGGUUGAGGGACUUGCCGCUGCUGUGCUAGCUGAUCUGAGGGAUGUUGAGAGCCGGGAUAAAGGUCGACGAGUGACCAUCGACCUGGAGAAGACGACGGCCUUCUUGUUUCAGGCAUAUAUCGCAACCGUCAAUGGGCUGGGGAAGCUCGAUCCCGAGGUGAAAAAACUGUUGAAGGAUACCGACCUACUCCAAGCACAGUCAGACAGUUACCGACGAAUGUCGGCCAACUUGUACGAGACCAAGCGAUCAGGAGAGUACUACCACAUCCACGGUUCGCUCGAGGCGUCGACUACGCUGCGCAUGAUCGGGCUUGAGCCCUUCAGGCCCGAUCUCAAGACGCACGAGGCCAUUGUGACCACGAUAGAGACGGCCGUCAAGGGUUUCACGGUAGUGGAGCUCGAGGCCAUGAACGCCUCCAACCGACAAGCCGGCGUCCCCGCAUUGAAGCACGAGGAUUUCCUCAAGACAUCCCAUGGACAAGUCAGCUCAAAGUGCACCCCAUGGACGGUGCAACAGCUUGAAUUUAGUACACCCCCGUCGCCUCUUCCUCGCACGACUCAACCCCAAACGGAGGAUGCGUGCCGGCCUCUGGCGGGCAUCAAAGUGCUGGAGCUAUGCCGUAUCAUCGCCGGUCCCGUCAUCGGCCGAAUCCUGGCUGAGUAUGGAGCCGACGUGCUCAAGAUUACGGCGCCCAACCUGAGUGAUGUGCCCUUCUUCCAAGUGGACGGCAACAUGGGCAAGCACGCGGCCGAGCUGGACCUUAAGACAGCCAAGGGAAAGGCCCGCUUUGAGGACCUGCUGGCCGAUGUCGACAUUGUCGUCGAUGGCUACCGGCCCGGCGCUUUUGACAAGCUGGGAUACGGUCCCCACGCCUUGAGCAAAAUGGCGGCGAAGAGGGGCAAGGGCAUCGUCUAUGUUAACGAGAGCUGCUUCGGGUUCGAGGGCGAGUGGGCCGCAAGGCCGGGCUGGCAACAAAUCGCCGACUGCGUGUCUGGCGUUGCCUGGGCUCAGGGAAAUUUUAUGGGCCUGUCAGAGCCCAUUGUGCCCCCUUUCCCCAUCUCCGACUAUGGCACCGGCUGCAUGGGCGCCAUCGCCGCUCUCGUCGGUCUUCUUCACCGCACAAAGCGAGGUGGCUCGUGGCACGGCAAAACCUCCCUGCUCCAGUACGACCUGCUUCUCUUCCGCGCUGGUCUCUACUCCCAACCCGUCCAGCAUGAGUUGCGUCAACUAGUAGGCGAAGAGUUUGCCAACCUGAGACAUAGCAACAGCGUCGAUCAGAUCAGCGGCACUGCUCUUCGAAGCAUGCGCAAAAAGUUCCCAGACUUUUUCACUCGCAAAGACCUGUGCGACACCUGGUACUCGGCUGCGUACGGCGGAGACAUCACCGCCGUAAACCCCGUGGUCAGCAUCGACGGCGUUCAAACUGGCUUCCAGAGAGGUAGCAGGCCAAAUGGGUCAGACGCCCCGACAUGGGAUUUUGGCCAAGAUGAUGACGUCCGUAAGACGAAGGAGUAA